AUGUGCGGUAUUCGGGCGCCCCCGCAUUUUUGGUCCCCUACAACUACGUGCGAUGUGUUGGGCGUCACGCGGCUUCUGUUAGUCCUUCCUUUGAGCGGUUUCUUUCGGUGGGAAAGAGUGCAAGUCAAGAUGACGGACGAAACUGAACCUCAAGAGCAAAUGCCUCUGCCUGAACCUCCUGAAAGUAUUACUCAGAGGCUGUGCCGCAUCCAACAGAAAGUACGAGAGCUGGAGAAAGAAAGCAUGAAGCUUCACCAGACGUCGAAUAACACAGCAUCGGCGACUGAAAAGGAAACCCUGCCCACCCACGAUAGUGACUCUACUUUCUUGAGGAUGCAGACAGAUAUUCUGGAAGAGCAUGAACAACUAAUGAGGGAACAAGAAGCUGAAAUUCGAGCCCUAAAAGAACAACUGUCAAAAAUGAAGGGCACCUUAUCUGCAGAUCAAGGACGCUCUGCCCCCGCUGUCGGUGACAGCUCUUACUGCUCACAGCCGAGUUUGCUUUGUAGAUGGCUUGCCUGUCUUCAUGGCUCUGGAAAUGACGACACCCGAAGUGAAUUAAGAAACUCCGACGGGGUGCUUCGGACAACUGUUCUGACAGCUGAAGUUACGCCUCCAGGAGUAUGA